AUGCCCAAGUCCGAGACUCCCGCGACGCGCCGCAGCGCGCGUGUCGCUGCUGCUUCUGCUGGUCCGAAGGCAGCGAGCACGAAGGCAGCCAACGGCAAGUCUGCGUCUACCAAGAAGGCUUCCAAGGACUCGAAGGAGAAGGAAGAGUCUAAGAGAUCAGCUCGGUCGAGCUCGAGCAAGGCGGCCAACGGAGAUGCCGCGGAGGGAGCCAAGGAGGAGAAGAAGAAGGCUGCGACCAACUCCAAGGGCCCGCUGAAGCUUGGCCAGAAGCUGCCCAAGAUCACGCUGCAGGACAAUAAGGAAGACGACGUCGACGUCAGCACGCUGACGGAGGAAGGACGGGGCGUCGUGCUGUUCCUUUACCCCAGGUCAACCGAUCCGUCCAAGACAUCUACCCUUCUGACUCGUGGGCGUGAAGAGCACCAAGCAGCGGUAGAGAGGAAGCUACGGAAAGCCUUUCCACCAGCUAACAUGCAGGCGGACACACCAGGAUGCACGAACCAGGCGUGCGGGUACCGUGACGCGCACGACGAGAUCGCCGCGCUCGGGUACGACGUUUAUGGUCUCAGCAAGGACAAACCGACAGCGCAGCAGAAGCUAGGGCAUCGGUAUUCAGGAGCCGUCAAGCUGACCCCAGUGGAUCAACAAGAAGAAUCUCAAUUACCGGCUGCUGUGCGACCCGCAGAGCCAGCUGAUCAAGAACGUUCGUGCAACCCAACAAGUGAGAUGAUUCCUUCAGGUCUGUAUCUAACGUACAGCACCAACCGCUCCCACUUCAUCUUCGAGAAGGGCACCGGCGAGCUCGUCGACAUUGCCUUCCGCGUCAAGCCGGCUGACGAUCCCGGAAACGUUCUGAAGUUCAUCAAGGCGCACCACAAGGACGACUAG